AUGUUUUCCCAUCUCAAACGCGAACACCGUCUGAUUCUGGUAAUCAGUAUUUCUGCGUCUUUCUUCCUCGCAGAAAUCGCAGUCGGAUUUUAUACCCGCUCUUUGGCCCUAGUCGCAGACGCAUUCCACUACCUGAAUGAUCUUGUCGGCUUUAUUGUGGCGCUGGUAGCACUCAAGAUCUCCCAACGCAGCAAACAUCCUAAAGAGCUCUCAUUCGGCUGGCAGCGCGCAAAAUUAUUGGGUGCCUUUUUCAAUGGUGUUUUUCUUCUGUCUCUAGGAAUCAGCAUUUUUCUUCAAUCUGUCGAUCGCUUUGUCUCGUUAGAGCGAAUUGAAAACCCCAAGCUUGUGCUGAUCAUUGGCUGCGUCGGACUGGCUUUGAAUUUGAUCAGUGGAUUGUUCCUGCAUGAACACGACCAUGGUGAAAACAAUACCUCGGAUUCAUCCGAUGACGACCUGGAACUUUCGACGUCCUUGUCUGCGCUCGAACGCAGGAGUUCCUUUUCCACUCGAGUCCUGCGCCCUCACGUCGAGCACCGCCACAAUAUCAAGUCGCAAGCGAAGAAGGGCCAUGACCUCGGAAUGAUGGGUGUCCUUAUCCAUGUUCUGGGCGACGCAGCGAACAAUAUCGGGGUUAUUAUUGCUGCGCUGGUGAUCUGGAAGGCCAAAUAUGAGGGAAGAUACUAUGCCGAUCGUGCCGUGAGCAUGGCGAUUGCGAUCGUGAUCCUCCUCUCGUCGCUUCCUCUAGUGCGGAAGAGUGGAACCAUUUUGCUGCAGAGCGUUCCGCUAGGCGUCGAUCCGGAAGAUGUCAAGCAUGACCUUGAAGCUAUUCCCGGUGUCGAAUCCGUUCAUGAACUCCAUAUCUGGCGGCUCAACCAGGAGAAAACUCUCGCAUCGGUGCAUCUGGCAGUCUCCGAUGAACUAAUCGCCGACUUCAUGGACAAGGCUAAGAUCAUCAACGAGUGCUUCCAUGUGUACGGGAUCCAUUCUACGACCUUGCAGCCGGAGCAUGUCCGUCCAAUUCCCAGCGACAGUCAAUCAAUCCAAGGUCAGGGAACUGCAGAGUUGGUUGUUGGAGGUGUGAAGAAGCGCCAUGUUGUCGACCCCAACUCUGGAUGUUCGUCGGAAACGCUGUCGACAUGUUUGAUCAAUUGUGGGAAGUGGAAUGCCCUCAACCGCUCGAUUGACGGCACUCUGGUCGCAGUGCAGCCUGUUGCUGCCCCUUGUCACAUUAACCCCAACAGCACCGCCUGCCAGGAAGUCACGGCGCAGUGGUCCAACUCCGUCUGGCGCGCCGCUCAGCCCGGUGCCGUGCAAUGGGAGAACUGGGCAGCCUGGCCGGAGCACAAUGAGAGCUGUUAUGUCGAGAUUGCGCCAUAUGUGCCGUGCAAGCAGGGGCGUAUCUCGCUCUACUCCGCCGUGGUCCAGAACACGCGACACAUCCAGGAGGCUGUCCGGUUCGCAAAGCGGCAUACCAUCCGUCUUGCGAUCAAGAACUCCGGUCAUGACUUUCUUGGACGCUCGGCGGCUCCGAACUCUCUUCAGAUCUUGACCAAUCGAAUGAAGGGACUACGGCUAGUAGAUGAUUUCGUUCCGAAGGGGGCGCCGAAGCAUAAAGGUGAAGGUCCGGCUGUAACGCUGGAUGCUGGGAUUAGUCUGCAGGAGAUGUAUGCUGCUCUCGGCAAGCAGAACAGAACGGUAGUGGGAGGCUCCGCUCACACUGUUGGGCUAACCGGAGGGUAUAUCCAAGGCGGCGGUCAUUCAUUCUUGAGCCCAUGGAAGGGGAUGGCGUCGGAUAAUGCCCUGGAGUUCAGUGUCGUCACGGCUGCAGGAGAUCUAGUCACUGCCAAUGCCCACCAGAAUUCGGACCUGUUCUGGGCGCUUCGAGGGGGUGGAGGAGGCACCUUUGGCAUCGUCACCCAAGUCACCGUUCGUACAUUCGAGGAGAUUCCUCUCGUCAUUACCUCCAUGAACAUCACUACGGCCGCCGGAGAUCCUGCGUUUUGGAACGCUGUGGCGGACUUUCAUGCUGCGCUACCGGCCGUGACUGACGCACGAGGAGGCGGAUACUACUUCAUGGUUCCCAAUCUGCCGUGGGAGAAUAAUCAGGCCAUCUCGGUAUUGAGCUUUAUGCUCUUCCAUGCCAAUAUAAGCGACACCACCGAGAUUGGCCAGGUCUAUGAGCCACUGUUGAAGAAGCUCAACGCGACAGCGGGCGUGUAUACUCAGUAUAGAUCCUUCCCCAUGCCCAGUGUCCACGAGGCCAUAACAGAGCUCCUGCUUGUCGGCGAUUCGGACGGGACAGGAUCAAUCGCCUUACUCUUCUCCAGGCUGUUCUCGAGGGACCUCCUCACCUCCAAGGAUGGACCCGCCAGGCUCGCUUCUGCCAUGAGUAAACUCCGCUAUACGCCUGGAGAAGCCGUCUCCGGCAUGGUGGUGGGAGGCGGCGCCGUGGCAGAUAAUGCAGGCAAAGUGGACAAUGCAGUCAGCCCGGCUUGGAGAGAAGCGGUUGUGCAUGUCGUGUACACCCGCAGUUGGAGUCCCAAUGCUACUCUGGCAGAGCAGCAGGCCGUCAUCAAGAAUGUGACGGAUGUUGAGCUGCCAUUGCUGCAAGGAGUCGAGGGUGCAGACAAGAUGGGCGCAUAUGUGAACGAGGCCUUUGCCUAUGAACCCCAUUUCCAAGAGUCCUUCUGGGGCAGGAAUUACCCCCGUUUGUACAGGAGUAAGCAGAAAUGGGAUCCGGCUGGUCUUUUCAUCGCGCGCAGGAUGGUCGGCAGCGAGGAUUGGGAUGAUCAGGGGCUCUGUCGGAUUGCGAAGUGA